GCACGCAGAUCACGGGGCACUCCGCGCCCUGACCCCCCUUCCCCGCCCUUGGCGCCGGGGCCUCUCACCGCCCUUGGGGUCUCGGCCCUCUGCAUCCCUCAUCCCCAACCGGCUCCCCUACCCCUAAUCCGUGCGCCUGUCCUCAGCCGUGCGCACUACCCCCAACCCCUUGCCCUGUCUGUUUCUUCCUCACGCCCAGCCAGGCGCUCGGCGCCGCCGGCCUCUGCACUUUCCCCUCCACCCGACCCCUGCGCGGCGCCUCCGCGCUCCAGCCCUCGGUGGGUGCCCUGCCACCCAGCGAUCUCGCGCCGACUCGCGUGCGCGGUGACCCUGUGGCCGCCUGGCUCUGUCUCCGCCCGCGCGGCCACCUCGCGCAGGUCACGUCCUGUCCUGGGCCUGGCCUGGCCCCUCCUGCUCCCAGUUCUGAAAGCCCUCGGGCCUUAGGCCCAGACAAGGUACCUGGAAAGGAGUGGGGACUGAUGGGCCGGCCCCUCCUGCGGCGGAGGCGGGGCAAGGCUGUGGGCCAAGAGGUGGAGGUGGGGGGGGGGGGCGUGGCACGGCAGGACCUGGAGCAGGACUGGGCUUAGACUGCACGCGGAAGAAGAGGUCUGAGUGUCGCCGGCCUUACAACUACCCAUUUUAAGUGGAAUAUUCAACUGGAGCCCUGGACUCAUGUCAGCCCUGCGAAAAGAACGACCAUAGAUGGAUGCUCCUUAAGUCAAGGGCAGGCAACCUAGGCCGUGGACCUCUGGGAGAGGAUGGUGACCCCCUGGCGCUCCUCUGUCAGGGUCUGCUUGUCUCACCUAAGGAGUUUUGAGCUCAGAAAGGAACUCGGCCUUCUGAGACCCUCUGGCUGCUCUCACAAGGCUAGACUCUGUUGGCUUCUGCUUGGCACUUUGCCCAAACUCAUCUCAGCCUAUGAGGACGUUGGUGACAAGGUCCCUGAGAACCUGUGUCGGCAAAGGGCCAGGUGGAGUGACCUGGCUGAAAAUGUGCCACUGGAGAGAGUCCCCCAGGAGGGGCGGAUAGACUGCCUCCUUCUGCACUUGCGUGUCUGCCUUAGGGCUGGGGCUCUCUUGGUGAAAUUCUUUCCCCUCCUUCUACUCUACCCCCUCACUUACCUGGCUCCCAGUGUCUCCAGCCUCUGGCUCUACCUGCUUUUGAAAGCCACUGAGACCUCAGGCCCAACGUACAUCAAACUGGGCCAAUGGGCCAGCACCCGGCGAGAUCUCUUCUCGGAGGCUUUCUGUGCCCAGUUCUCCAAGCUGCAUGUCCAGGUGACUCCCCAUUCUUGGACUCACACUGAACACUUCCUACGGGACGCAUUUGGGGAGGACUGGGGGCAGGUCCUCUGCUUUGAGAAGCAGGAACCUGUGGGCUCAGGCUGUGUGGCCCAAGUGUACAAAGCACGUGCCAAUCCUGCCUUCCUGGAGAAUGACAGCAUCCAGAGACUUGCCAAGACCUCCAGCCUGCAGCCUUCUUCGGAAGCUGGGGCAGUCCGGGGACUGAGAGAGCAUCUUGGACAUCUGGGGAAGGUGUGGGGGCCUCAAGGAAGUCUUGCUGACCAGUCAUUUCUAGAAAGGCUGCUCUUCCCUAAAGCUGACCUGGUUGGAUCGAAUGCAGUCUUGUCCCAGGCUUCGGGGCCCACCCACGGACCCGAGUCAGAUCACCUCAUCCCAGUGGCGGUGAAAGUGUUGCAUCCUGGCCUGCUUGCUCAGGUGCAGAUGGACCUGCUGCUGAUGAAGAUGGGCAGCCGGGUCCUUGCCCUUUUGCCAGGAGUCAAGUGGCUCAGUUUACCUGAGAUUGUGGAGGAAUUUGAGAAGCUCAUGGUCCAACAGAUCGACCUGCGUUACGAAGCUCGGAAUCUAGAACACUUCCAGUGCAACUUCCUAAAUGUGAAUUCUGUCAAAUUCCCCACCCCUCUGCGUCCCUUUGUCACCAGGGAUGUCUUGGUGGAAACAUAUGAAGAGAGUGUGCCUGUGUCCAGUUACCAGCAAGCAGGGAUUCCCAUCGACGUGAAGAGGAAGAUAGCGCAGCUGGGGAUCAACAUGCUCCUGAAGAUGAUAUUUGUGGACAAUUUCGUCCAUGCGGACCUUCACCCUGGGAACAUCCUGGUCCAGGGCGCAGAUGGUCUUCCCAACAGCCAGGAGGCACGGCUGCAGCAGGUGGACGUCUGUGACGCGCUGGCGGUGGCUGUGACACCUGCCCGGUGCCCGCUGCGCCUGGUUCUGCUGGACGCCGGCAUCGUGGCCGAGCUGCGGGCUGCCGACCUGAGGAACUUCCGGGCUGUCUUCAUGGCCGUGGCAAUGGGGCAGGGCCAAAGAGUGGCGGAGCUCAUCCUGCAUCACGCCCGGGCCAGCGAGUGCAAGGACGUGGAGGGAUUCAAGGCCGAGAUGGCCAGGCUGGUGACCCAGGCCAGGAAGGAUACCAUCACCCUGGAAAAGCUUCAAGUUUCCAGCCUUCUUUCGAAUGUCUUUAAGUUACUGAUGACUCACAAGGUAAAGCUUGAGAGCAACUUUGCCUCAAUCGUGUUUGCCAUCAUGGUGUUGGAGGGGCUUGGCCGCUCACUGGACCCUAAACUGGACAUUCUGGAGGCAGCAAAGCCCUUCCUUCUGAAAGGACCCAUGACCCCCCGCUGACUGCAGCAGUGGGUGCGGGCGGCCUUCGUCUGAGAGCCGGAAGCCACUCCCAACAGUCUCUCCUGUGGUAGCUUGAACAUUUUAAAACUGGGAUGUGUGGAAGGUCUGCCACUGCUUUUCACUCUGAGUGGUUUCAGGGGUCUGUUUUCAAAGCUCUGGGUUGUUCGGGGAAGUAAAGGGAAACAACGGUCCUGUCCAUUCAGUCGUAGAAGCUGGGCGUGGCAGCAGGGAGACUCUGUUUCAGGGGAAAUGUUCUCUGGUGGAGGACGAAUAAACUUAGUUAUUUUGUUUUCUGGU